AUGGCUUUGCAAGGGGUCGAGCAGACGAUCCUUCGGGAUCCGGCUCUUUUCUACUGGAUCUUAUUCCCGAUCACGAUUGUCAUGAUCUUGACCGGUAUUCUUCGUCAUUAUGCCACCGUCCUGAUGAACAACCCCCCGAAGCCCCCGGGCACUAUGGCCGAAUCUCGCGAGCGACUGUCUCUCUUCCGCGGCGUCAACCUUCGUAACAAUGCCUCCGCGGUCCUAUCACGGGAUGCGUUUGAGGUCCGGAAGAAGUACCUAGUUUCCGCAUACCAGAAGGGCGAGUUCUUGAAAGACCCGGAAAAUCGCGGCCAGCCCCCGGCCAACCCGAUGACCGACCCUGCCGGCAUGGAGGCGAUGAUGGGAAUGAUGAAGGGCAACAUGAUGAUGAUGAUCCCUCAGACUCUCAUUAUGAGCUGGAUCAAUGCGUUCUUUUCGGGAUUCGUUAUUUUGAAACUGCCGUUCCCUCUCACUAUCCGGUUCAAGUCGAUGCUUCAGUCCGGUGUCAUGACCCGUGAUCUGGAUGUCAGAUGGGUGUCUAGUCUUUCGUGGUAUUUCCUGAACCUCUUUGGUCUCCAGUCGGUUUUUGGUUUUAUCUUGGGCAGUGACAACGCCGCAAGUCAAAUGACCCAGCAGAUGGCCGGCAUGAACCCAGCUGCUGGAAUGAAUCCCUUCCAACCCGGUCAAGACCCCGAUAAGCUAUAUCAGAGUGAAGCCGAGAACCUGGAAGUUGCGGAGCAUUUCUGCAUCUUGAAUGGCAUCGAGGAAAGGAUACUACACAACCUUGGUUCCAAGGAAGUCCGUUGA